CCCUCUCUUAUUCUCUUUCUCAUUCUUACUCUCUCUCUCUCUCGCCAUCUUGAACAGCCAGGCGCUGCUCUUCAUCAUCUCCUCAUCUCUCUUCUCCAUCCUCCUCGUCUCUCUCACCAUCUCAUCUACUACGAUAGGGCUUUGACAGUCCCAUCUCACUUAUACUCCACACUCCUUUACGACACUCGACACUCCCGACAAACCUCGUCAACCCAACACCUAUACCACUGACAAUGCGCGUUCUCGCCCUUUUCACCCUCCUCACGGCCCUCGUCGCCCCGGCCACCGCCCGCUCUCACCCUCGUCGCCAGUGCAAGCCCAAGCACACUCCCGACGUCCCUCGCCCCAACCAGAGCGCCGGCAACGACAACGUCAACGACAGUAGCAGCGAGCCCCAGCCAUUGCCCACCCAGGCUGGUGAGCAGCCCACGCCGAGCGUGAGCUCCGACUCGGCUGUCACCCCCACUCCCACCCCCGAGGACACCCCCGCUCCGGCUCCCGAGACGCCUUCGCCCUCGUCGUCGUCGUCGUCUGACGAGGCCGCUCCUUCCGCUUCCUCGUCGCCCUCCUCGUCGCCCUCUUCAUCGCCCUCCUCGUCGCCCUCCUCGUCGCCAUCCGAGUCUCCUGCUCCUGUCGAGAGCUCUCAGCCCGCUUCCAGCUCUGCCGACGAGGCCACGCCCACGCCCGCUGAGACUCCCGUCCCCGUGUCCACUGAGACCCCCGCCCCCUCGGAGACCCCUGCGCCUUCCGAGACCCCUGUCGUUUCAUCCACGAGCACGGCCGCCAGCACCGCCUUUACCCAGCCCGCUCUCACCGACCCCGCCCAGACUGGCCCACAGGCGUACCAGCAGCAGCUCCUCGACCUGCACAACAACCUGCGUGCGCAGUACUCUGCCGGUCCCGUUACCUGGAACCAGGGCCUGGCCGACUAUGCCGCGGAUUACGCUCAGAAGUGCCAGUUUGCGCACUCUGGCGCUAGCACCGGCGAGAACCUUGCCGCCGGCACGGGCUCGAACUGGGACCUCGCUGCCGAGUUCCAGAUGUGGGCCGACGAGGUUUACUCGUACGACUUUAACAACCCGGGCUACAGCAACACCACCGGCCACUUUACCCAGGCCGUCUGGAAGGGCACCACGCAGAUUGGCUGCGCAUGGAAGGUCUGCGAGCCGGGCAAGAUCUUUGACGCCAAGUACGGCAAUUCAAUGAUCCUUGUCUGCGAGUACGACCCCCGCGGCAACUACGUUUCGUACACGAGCGACGAGGAGACGGCCAAGUGGUUCAGCGAGAACGUCGGCCCCAAGGCCUGGUAAGUAUAUACCGUAGGUCUGCCCCCAUCUUUUACAUAUCUUCUCGUAGUCCAUUGUUUUGUGUGGUAGCACAGAGCUGGUCUCUGUGUUACGCAGGGUUUUAUGCAGUGCUGGACGCGAAAGGUGACGAGGUGAUGUGGAUUGGGGCAAGUUGGUGUUCUGUAGUC